AUGAUUUCGGCUGUGAGGGACUACAACAAAUCCAGCUGGAGAAAGAUCAAGAUUGCCUUACAUAACGGGAUAUUGCGCAGUCAGAAUGGCAUCGUACCUGUGCAAAUCCAUGUUGCUAGAAUGCAGCAUUUUUCGGAAGGACGAGCGCACAGAGCGGUUCUUGGCACCUAUCAACAGCUUUCGCCACCGGAUAAUGCAGAAGCACGGACCUUGAAGUUCCGCCGUAGCAAAGAGGCUGAAUGGUUGGGUACAACGAGGACAUAUGGGAAUGACCCGAAAUUGUCCGGAUUUCUAUUGGAUCACACCUCAGAUUUCGGAAGCCGCCGGAACAAAUGCUGUGCCACCCCCGCGAAGGAAUUGAAUUCGUUUUCGUUAUCCUUCCCUCGUCCUCGACCUCGAUCUUCCGACAUUCGGACAACUCUUCUCAAGAAACCAUAG